AUGAUGGCGUCGCAGCUAGACGACCGAGAUACAGGGGUACCUGAGGACCCGUCCGAUGUUCCCUCACAUGAAGUCGGCCAAGAGGAACUCGAGUUGUCACAACAACUAGAGAAUUCGAAAACCUCGACGCCAUCGACGAACACCACAUGUCUGAACCCAGAAGUACCACAGAGAGAGAACAUUCCAGUUCUCUGCAAAGUCAAUCCGCUCGGCCAGGUACUAACAAGUAUCAAAGGAGGGACACCAGUCCUUGAGAACUCAAGUCUCUUUUUUGACUAUCGGGUCAAAGCUUCAGGCAUCGAAUGUGAUGCCUCAUAUGAGGAUCAGAGUGAGGAAAGUGACGAAGACGCAGAGGAAUCUAACACGGACCUCGGCGAGGAAGAAUGCAAUGAUGGUGAAGAGAUUGAGCAAUCCGAAGAAGCCUUGGAAUCACCCGCUGCUGGAAUUAUCGGGCACAAGAGAGAAUCAGAAGGGAUCAUGCGAGUUUUGGGACCAAGCGAGGUCACAGGCCUGCUUCGUCGUACGCUAUACAGACUGCCAUCCGAGAAGAUCAUUUACCUUGACGAGAUACAGACCGUCAUAUCAAAGCUAGACGGCGGUGAAUUCCGGGAAGCUGUCAGAAACUCUCUAUCACCCUUUUCGAAGAAUACAUACCCGCGAGCCCAGGUCUCCUCUGCAGCUAUUUUCAGUCCUCUCGAAGCGUAUUCUGCACUUGGGAAUUUGCAAGAGGAUGGCUAUUUGGGCUUACGAUGCUUCUUGGUUGAUGCGCUCAUUAGCUGGGGUACUGAGUCCUCCAUAAAAGUCUUGUGGAAGCACAUUGCCAAGUUGGGUGAGGAGGCACAACGAUGGAUUGAGAAUCACGCGCGUAUCGAGUUGGACAAAUUGCGGGAGCUGGCACCGAUAACGGAAGAGGUUUUGGCUUUGAAUGACGAGUAG